AUGAGGAAGAGCGUGUCUCCGUUGCCAGGCAACGAGGGCGGGAGCUCAGCCAGCACCACGCGUGUUUUUGGCGUUCCUUUGGAGGAUGUGACACGCACGCACACAAUCAGUGGCCACGAGGUUCCUGCACUGGUGAAAAACAUCGUCGACUACAUCGAAGAGCACGGUCUUCUGGACCUGGAGGGGCUCUUCCUUGUAAACGGCAACGCAGAGCGUGUGGAUUGGCUGCGGCAGCGGUACGACAGUGGUGAGGAGGUGGAGCUAGAGAAGGAGGCGGACCUGGCCUCAGCGGUCAGUCUGCUCCGACUCUUCCUGCAGGAGCUUCCUGAGCCGGUCAUCCCAACGGCCAUACAGGGACACAUUCUACAGCUACAUCAAGAUUACAGCAAUGAAGAAGAUCUGUGUAGAAACUUGAAGUACCUGCUGCAGCAGCUUCCUCAGCUGAACUACGGCCUGCUGCGUUUCCUGUGCCGCUUCCUCGCCAGCGUGGCUUCACUUCAGCAGGAGAGCUGGAACAUCGGGACGCUGGCCGCCGUCUUCGGACCAGACAUCUUCCACUUGUCAACAGAAGGAGAAGACCUUCGGGACCAGGAGUCUGUCAGCAGAAUCCUGGCAGAGCUGUUAGACAACCAAGAGGGCCUGUUUGACUCCGAGGAAGAUGACGUCUCCACCACCAACGACUACAGCUCCAUCAACGAACAGAUCACGGAGCUGCUGGACGAUGAGAAGUGCGAGGCCGAAUGUGAAGAGCUGCCUCAAGACGGAGAGGAGGGUCCUUCCUCACCACAACACACACUCACCGAUGACAGCCCUUCAGCCAGCUCCCACCUCUCCCCUAUAUCCAUCCUGCCUGCUGACUCUGCUGAGAUAAUCCAGCGAACCAUCAGAGCUGCAGUGGAGCAGCACUUCUUUGAUUUGAAAACCUCCAUCGACACCAACUAUGACAGUCAAGGGGUGAGUCCCAGAGAGCCUGCUGACCAGGGUUGUCAUGGAGACGAGGCGCAACAAACUGACCCCGAGGACAGUCCCUGCGACACCGAAGGGGAGACCCCACUCACACAGAACGAGCAGUGCAUACAACAAAAUCAGAAAGACAAGCAGGAUUCAUUUAACUCUGGCGCCGCCCUGGAGGAGAGCUCGAGAAUGGACCUGGAUGCAGAGGCCGUCAUCGAUGCUGAGAACAACAUCAACACUGCCAGGCAGGACAAUCAACCCUGUGACAACAUGGAUCAGAAUCAGACUGACACCAUAAGCUGUGAUUCGGUUUCAUGCCGCUGUGAUCAGAACGCCAACACCAGCAAGACCAACAGGAACCACCUGUCGCCAUGCCAACCAAAAUCUGGCCACAACCCCCACCUCCAACUCUUCCCUGACAGCCAGUGGGAAGCGUCACCCCCCUCCCAUCUCCACCUCCCUCCCAUAGACUUCUCAUGUAUGCAUCUGCAAAAAGAAGGCCAAGACCCCGUCCCAGCUUUCAAAUCCUGGCAGGACGACAGUGAGAGCGGAGAGGCUCAGCUCUCCCCUCUUGCCGGCCGCAUGGUUCCCCUCCCUCCUCUUCUCCUGGAGGAGGAUGGCGAGGAGGACGUGGGGGAGGGAGGGCAGGAAGCCUCCACCUCCUCUUCCCGCUCCCACCCUCACCUCCUGGCGCGACGCUUUCUCGACUUUGGAGCGCACGGUGCCCAGCGAUUCCUGCAGCAAGACCUGGACGCCACCUCACCCACCAAAGCACAGAGGCCGCGGCGAGCAUCGUUUGGAUCCAAAGAGGCGAUGAGAGGAGGCGAUUCAGUGACCCAUCAACUCACCAAGAAACUACAGCACCUGAAGAAGAAAAUUAAGCAGUUUGAAGAGCAAUUUGAGAAGGAAAGAAACUAUAAGCCCUCUCACGGAGACAAGGCAGCUAACCCCAAAGUCCUCAAAUGGAUGACCGACCUCACAAAGAUCCGCCGGCAGAUUAAAGGACGCCAGCACCACCUUUUACCCAGAAGCACGCUGAGGCACCAGGCUUUGCUCCAUUCAUACAGACGCCACCAUGCUCCCUCCUCCCCUUCCUCCCCCUCCUCCUCCUCCUCUAUCUGCUCACCCCCAUCACACACUCACCCCCCGCUCCACCCCUACUCAGGCCUGAGCUCUAGACCGUAUCACCUCAAUGCCAAACACCGUGCAGAGAGCGAGCUCGGCCCCCUGACUCGUCCUCGGAGCAACACCUUACCCAAGAGCUUCGGUUCCACGCUGGACCAAGGCGCUUACGAUGCAGCAGGAGAGAUGAAGGGUCAGGGUCCCACCAGGGAGGAAACACUGGAGCUGAUCCAGCACAGGGUCAAAGGGAAGAGGCAGGAGGACGGCUGGCCCGAUGACAUCAAGAAGAUGACCAAGGAGCAGUUGUCCUGUGAGAAGACGGUCCUUCAGAAGAACCUGCUGCACUAUGAGGGCCUGCAUGGUCGACCUGUGACCAGAGAGGAGCGUCUGGUGGUGAAGCCUCUCUACGAUCGUUACAGAUUGGUCAAACAGAUGCUCACCAGAGUCAGCAUCACACCCAUCACAGUGUCCCCCUCCAGUAAGAGAAGAAGUCAGACCCUCCAACCAAUCAUCGAGGGCGAAACCGCUCAUUUCUGGGAGGAGAUCAAAGAGGAGGAGGAGGAAGAGCGUAAAGAAAGAGAAGAAGGAGAAGAAGAAGAAGAAGAAGAAGAAAAUAGGGAGGAGGAGCGGGAGGAGGAGGAAGAAGAGGAGGACGAGGAGGAGGAAGGAGAGAGCAGCGGCGGGGAGAUGCAGAGCUCCGAGGUCAUCAUGGCCGUCGACCUUGUGACCUCGUCCGAAGGAUCAAUGAGGAGCCAGAACCAUCCCGACAGGCAGAGCGAUUGUUCAAUGAGAGCCAAUAUGGAGGAGGGGUCGGGGAAGCUAGCGCUCGACCUGCGGCUGUCCAGCUCCAACGCCUCGUCCAUGCCAGAGCUGCUGGAACAGCUGUGGAAGGCCAGAGCAGAGAAGAAGAAACUGAGGAAGACCAUCCGAGAGUUUGAGGAAGAUUUUUAUCAGCAUAAUGGAAGAAACGUGCAGAAGGAGGACCGGGUUCCGAUGCUGGAGGAGUACAGGGAGUACAAGAGGAUCAAGGCCAAACUCCGCCUGCUGGAAGUUCUCAUCAGCAAACAGGAUUCCUCCAAAUCCAUCUAGACCCCGCCCUCCUCAGACACCAGCUGUCACCGCACACAUCAGCCUCUCGCCGCCGCUGCUGCGAGGCCCCGCCCAGGAUGUCCAUCAGUCCGUCAGACGCCAUCACACCUGGGGAGGGUUAAACAAACACAUCACAUGACUUGCCAUGAAGCGGAGACUCAAGACUUCAUGACCUCCACUUAUUGUGCUGCAUUUAUGUCAUGGAGAAAAACCAAAUCAGAGUGACAUGCUGGUUCAGCGUUAAAGUACGAUAUGUCUUAAAAUAACUUUUAUGUAAACAUUGUUUGUAGUUACAGGAGCAUUUCCAGUAACAUUCUGAUGAACUUAACCUGCAUUUUAACGAAAGCAACCAAAGGUUUUGGUUCUUGGGUCCGAGUUUCUGGAAUUACUUCCAAAUGCCAUAGAAACGUUUCAACUAGCACUGAUAAUCUUCAAGUCUGCAGCUGUGUGUUCAGAGUGAAUCCAGACUGCAACCAAGCACUGGUUGUUGGAUUAGGAUUAGGGAUGGGAAUUUAUUUCUGACCAGUAAAGAAAUGUAUCUAGUAAGCAGUACUUUAAAGGACUGUGAUGUCUCAUGGCGUAAAAAAAAAUGACAUCUUAAAUGGUUUUAAAUACUUUAUUGGUCUAAAUUUUCAAAAUCUAUACGAAGAAAAAGUGAAGACGAACGUGCUUAAGGGACUUUUAGCUGCUUCUUAUAGCUCCUAACAAUUUGGUCCUGGGACUGUUUUCUGAGAAGCGUUUGAUCACAAAAUCAUUACAUUUGUUCGAUAAAUAUAUGAUUAUUUAUAUGCCACUACAGAUAUUUUCUUUAUUGGUAAUUUCAGAAUUCAGCAAUGUGGACGUCUUGUGCCAAAACUCUGAGUAUAAUUAGCCACUUUUAAAAAGGUGACAUAAGAUGCAAAAAAGUUUUUGCAACUAUUUUCCCAUGACAUGAAUGCAGAGCCAUCACCAGUUAACUUAAAUCACUCCCGUCAGCCACAACUGAUCAUCUGCUGCCUGGACGGCAUUUCAUCCAAAAAACAUGUCCGCAGUUUAGAAAUAUGGAGAAAAGGACUCAUCAUCACUGUUUGUCUUCAUCAACAAUACGACUCAAGACUUUGCACUCGUCUUCUCGUGUCUCGUUUUCUCUUCUUCUGAGAAAAAAACCCAAACACAUUCAGACUUUUUCCAUUUCAGGACCUUUUUCUUUUGUCGAACUCUGCUCUUCGUGUUUUUUUUUUUUCCUUCAUGCUGAGGAAUCUUUUUGGACAGCUCGAGGACUGGCAUUUUAGACGCUCUUCACUCAAGACACUUGUUCUUUCUUUGGGACGUCGUACUGUGUGAAAAGUUCCUCUUUCGCCUCGCUUCAGGGAGUCACAGUUUCUUGAAGCGGCCUCCUUGGUGCAAGGUGAUCGAUAUUUUAUUCUAUCAGUAAAACUUCAUUCAACAUCCUGGAUGCUUCACACCUUCUGACUGUUUUUAAAAUUCAUUCACAGGUUUAAAAACAAGUUUGUGUGUUUUUUUGUUUGAAAAAAAAAAAAAAAAAGAGUAUACAAACAUGUUCGUGAGAGACUGCUGUUCACGUGUUCGCUUGAAUGGAGAAAAGAAUUCUAUUUACUCCCAGUGUGACCUUGGAGUUUUUUGUCAAAGUUUGAUUGUCCUUUUCAUUUGUUUCUAUAGUUCAGCAUUUAGUCGGGAUUUCUUUGUUGUUGUUUUUUUCUCUCUUUUGGCAAUAUUUGUCAAAUAAGAUGUACACACCGUUGGCAACUUUGAACUUCGUUUCCCAUGAGCUUCUCAGGUGAAAACACUGCUUUUAAGUCGUCUUAAGCUCAAACGUCUAAGUUUUGAGGACAAAUACUCGUGAUUUUGAAAUUUCUGAUGGCACUUAAAGGCACCAUAUGACUGAAGAUGCUCAUAGGAAACAGUUGUACUCAGAUAUAAGGAGAUUUAAGGAUGUAGGUGAUUAUAAUUGUUGCAGAAAUCUGCUAGAAAAAUUCUGUACUUGUUUUUCUCCAUGUCUUUCACUUGUCUCUACACUUGUUCAGUUUGAUGCAUUGGGGUAUGGCAGUACCUGAGGGAUUAUGGGUAAUAAAUGCUGUGGAGAGGAGCCAGUAUCUGGUCCACGUUGCUGCAGUUUCUUUGAAACCAAAGGCAUGUUGGCUACAGGAAGUGGUAGUCUGACCAUGUUUGGUAUCACCGCAGCCAGACGGAGAGUUUCCUGAUUAUCACUAUGACUGUUACUGAGUAACUAAUUUAUCUCUGGUGGUCCUUGAUGUUUGCUUGUAUCUGUAGUGUAUCAAUGAGGUGCCAACACUGCCAGCACUGAUUUUAAACACAGAGAACAACCUCUGUCUGUGGUUAGCUGAUCCUUUUUUUCCUCAACUGGUGAGUCAGUGCUGAGGGUUUGAUCAGCACGUUAGCAUGAUGUCCACAAUGCUGAGGGGGGACGACGUUUCAACCUUUGGCUGCGUUUCUUUUUGGUAAAUGUUGCAGUGGCAGUGAGGUUUCAUUUCCUGCUGGCAGGUGAAAUGAGGGCAGACGAGGAGAAAGUUUGAGUAAAACGCAUGCUAAAGAGUUUGUCCUCUUCUUUUGUCCUCUUCCUAGAGGGCGAAGAAAAUUCCCACCAUCGCUGAACUUUAGUUUUAGCUGGUUAGUUAGUCAAAUGUUUUGAGAGGUGGAGUUCUAUUUUCAGAAAGUCGUGCUUUUCUUUCCUGAAUCGAUGUACAUUUCCCUGCCAGAAUCAAAGUUGAUUGCAGUCUUUUGGCGGUCAGUGAACCGCAGAUGUGAUGGUUUGAAAUCAAAGUUUCGAAUGAGUCAAGGGUUGAUCUUUUUGUGUCUGUGAGUGCUUGAGAAGAAUACGAGGGAGGAAUAUACGGUGACGUUUGUGGGGUUGAUGUAAAAAGAUGUUAUUUGCACAGCAUUCACAGAAUGCAGCCCUUUUGUGUUUUUUCAUUUGUUAUUUCUAAAAAUGAAGCACUACUUCUAUACAAAUAUAAAUAUAUAGUGUACAUAAAAAAAACACCCGAAGGAAUGAAUGUCAGAAUUGUUUAAAUUAUUUCAAACAUUAUGUUUGGCCCCCUUUGGUUCAUUAUAUUUGUGAUGCCCUGAGAAUGUGUUUUUUAUUAUUAUAAAUAUUGCUAUUACUAUCAUAACCAUUAUUUUGUGUGAUAAUGACAAUAAUAAUCCUUUUGUAUCUACUCACAAACUGUAAAACCAGCUGUAGACGUUAGUCUGGCACUGUGUGUGGCUAAUCAAACAUGAACCUGCUCCGUUUCCUGAUUUAUUUUUGUCGCUCCGUGUAAUAUAAGCUAAUAUAGAAGCAGUACUGUAGUAAGCUUGCAUGGCAAAAGAGAACAUAAUAGUAUGAAUAACAUGAUGUAUUGUUUAUAUCAUUUGUGCCAUGAAGAAGCAGCAAUAAUAAAAGUUUUGCGUGGAGGUUUUACACAGUAUCGGGUCAUGGGUAAUGUGCGGGAUUGACUUUGUGUGUGAAUAAUUGAGGUACAAUACUAUGUUUUUGUUUGUUUUCAGCCUGACACACACAAUGUCACAAACUCUGCUCAAACGGUGUGUUUUUACCACUGUUGUCAGCAUAAUGUUCAUGUUGGCGCUGCUGAAAAACCAAAAUAAAAAUAACAUUUUAAGGUGAAUAGGGAUUGAAAAGCCAGCCAGAUGUGUCGUAUCUGAAAACAUUCCAGUAUUUAUCAUCAUUCAAAAAGUGGAAACGAUCCAUCGUGAACCUCUGAAGGGCUUUUUUCUUUUAGCUUUUUUUCUCACAAGAUGAGCAGUUGAUUUGUUUUGGCGCCUCAGUUUCUUUAAAACAACUUUGUUUUACAUUGUGCCUGCAACAGAGUGGUAAAAUUCACGUUGUUAACUGUAAUGUAUUUCGUCUCUGUCGGUGUACAGUAUGUUUCAUCUCACACUUACCCAUCUGACAUGCAUGGUUGUUUCACACACCUGGAAUUCACAGCAGAAGUUUCUGUCAAAGAUGUCUCCUCAGAAAUGUUGAAAAAAAUUAUCAUAUUUAUAUUUUUGACUCUAAAUCUUUCAGAUUUUAAGGACAAAUCAUCAUGUUACUUACAUAUGCUAUCAAGACAGUAAGAAAUAAGAUACUUUGUGACAUCUUUGAGUCUGAAUUCUGCUGUAAAUUCCUUUGACCAGAGAGGCUUCUGGCUUCUUGCAGGUCAUUAACAGGUAAUACUGUGUUUGAUCACAUCAAUAUAUUGUAUGUGUGUAUGCAUCUAUAAAUGUUUUCUUACUUUGUGAAUGCUUUUUUUCUGUUUUUUUUUCUUCAUUAACUAAAACGCUGAGAAAAUACAAUCAGUAACAAACAUUUACACAUGAAAAAUAAAAUUGACAAGCUUGCCACAUCAGUUCUCUCGAUUCUUGAGUCAAAUAAAGUAAAUUGUUGACGGGGCAUGUGGUGCAAAGAGA